GACUGGAGCCGGCCGGAGACAGCAGCAGCGCGCGCACGCCUUAUAAUACACACAUUCAUCACCGAGAGCGGAAUAAAAAAGCUUCGAGAUCACAGAUAAAGAUUAAAAUGUUGGACAUCACAAGCAACCAGUUCGACUCGUUCCUGUUCUGGAGGCAGCCCAUCGCCACCCUCGAUCUGUCCGAGCUCGAGGACCUGGGACUUGCCGAGCCGAAAUCCAAAGACGGGAAAAAGGGAAAGAGUUUCCCUAAACUUGAUGAAGGCGACAAUGACCUGGGGCUGUCCGAAUUCUCCACCUUCAACUACUGGAAGGAGCCGAUCGCCAGCAUCGACAUGCUGGAUUUAAAUCUGCUAUUGCUGUGAAACUGUUCCCUCACAUGGCUACAAGCCCACCCCCUUCCCCAUGUCUGGCACCACAGCUCCACCCCCACACUUACAGCUUCUCCCCUGACACUGCACGCCUACUGAUUAUGCUUAAUCAAUUUAUCUUCUUUUCAUGUGUUUUCUGUCCUAAUGCAGACUGGAGUCUCAAGUGUUAAAGUAAAAGUAAAGAAAGCAAAAUAAAAUUUUUCAUGGAUAUGGAAGUGUAAAAGAGCAGCAGCUCAUGAGCAUGCAUCCCGCAGAUCACUCACACACAAAGUGGCUGCGUUUGCAUCAGCUGUAAAUUGUAUUAUUCUGAUUCUCAGUGUUCCAGUCCUGUGUGACGAUUUAUAAUGCCUUUUAUUAAACAUGGCCAAGUGAAAUGUGAAUAAAGGACAGAAGUGUUUUCUCAAUGA